AUGAAACGUGCUGAGGAAUGCACUUUUGCCAGCCUGAAAGACUCCCUGAUCACUGAUAGGAUUGUGUGCGGAACGACUGACAACAAACUUCGUGAGCAUUACCUACGAGAAACAGAUCUCAAGUUGGAGAAGGCCAUUUUACUUGGUGGCGCUGCUGAGAAAUCGAGAAAACAUGCUGAAGAACUCAAACAUGCCUGGAAACCUGCUCCAGUCGAUAUGGUCGGCCAAGGGGCGAUACCCAAGGCAAACAAAGGCGUGACACCAGAGUACUUUCCUAACUGGAAAUUUUGCGGUCGUGGACAUAAUCGUGGAAAUUGCCCAGCAUACGGAAAGCUAUGCAACGAUUGUGGUGUUCCAAAUCAUUUCGCACAAUGCUGCCCUAAAAAACAACGCAGAUCCAACCCUCAACAAGCAUGCAACAGGCCGAUUUGUGAAAUGACUCGCCACCCCGACCUCAGAGAGGAUGAAUGGGAGAAUUCUGUCAGUGCGAUAACUGUGGAAAGCCUAGGGGAAGAGAAAGAUGUCAACGAAACGACUCUACACUCAAACAACGCAGAAGAUGAGGUACUGGAAUGGUCUGUCAUUUUGGAAUCAAAUGGAACCAACAUUAACUAG